UGUAAUUGACGCCGGACUUCCAUCACUGUAUUUAAUCGGAUCCUUAUGUAUUCUCAUAAGUGCUUAUAUUCAACAAAGGCGACGAAAAGGAUCAAACUACGAGAGGCUGCUUAACAAUCAAUCAAAUUCCAGUUAUGGUUCAAUUGCACAAACUGUAGUGAUAGAUGAGGACGAAUCCAGCGUCGAUGAUUCCAAUAGUAUCUCAGAUGUAACUCUCGUGCCUGAUGAAUGUGAUAAGAAUGUGAUUUUUGAUUACACUCGAUUACUCGUUAGUUUGAUCUCCUUGGGGUUAUUUUGCGCACUUGCCAUAGUCAGAUGGAAGAACUAUAGCGAUGAAAAACAUGGGUAUUACUGGGUUAUCACUCCUGUUGUGGAGGCCGCAAUUUGGAUUUACGCGAUCGUUUUAGCCGUGAUUAACGUGGCAUCAAGGCAACGUUCUGUACUUCAUAUUC